AUCGAAACCCUCCAUCCUAUAUAUAUAUCCCUCCACUUGUUCUCCUCAUCCAACGCAUCUCCAAUCCAACAAUCAUCAGACGCAAAACCCUAAGAUUUUUCCUGUCCCGUAUACAAAGUCGAUGGAAUCCGCACUCAUUUCGUCAUCCUCUUCUUUCCUCAGAUUCAACCCAUUGCAUUCCCGGAGAGUCGACCAGAUCGCCGUUCGACCUCGCAAGCUGUGCAUAUCAGCCGCCGCCGCGCCGCCGCCGCAGAACGGGAGGGAUUACUACGGAGGAGGAGGAAGAGUGGUGGACGAGAACAUGAUCGUUCUCAGGAAACGGAUCCACGAGAUGAAGAUGAUGGAGCGCAACUACGAGCCUCCCUCUGAUUGGAUGGAUUGGGAGAAGCGUUUCUACAGCAGCUACGACUCCUUCGUCUGCGAUUCCGUCGGCCUCCUCCAGACGUUCCUCAUGAACUCUCGCCCCAGCGUCGCCUUUGGAACGCUCUUUCUCCUUCUCAUCAGCGUUCCGAUCUCUUCAGCCGUCGUCGCUUUCCGCCUUCUCGAUUUCGCUCAUUGGAUCCUCGCCUCCGCCGGACACCUCAGCUGAUCGGUGAAUAUAUACCCGUUUUUCUUCUUCUGUAAUUAGAUACAUUAUAGCCAUAUGUAUACACAUAUUCUUUGAUUGUUUCUUUGUAUUUAGUCUGAUAUUAUAUAUUUUUUUGUUUUAUAUUGAA